UUGAGUGAGGAGAAGUAAGUCUCCCCAUGCCUGCCCAGAGGUGAGUGGCCUCUGCUCGAAACUUUCUACUUCCAGAUUUCAGUUUCUGUAGAGCAGAAUUAAAGCAGGGAGCAGAAGCAGGCCCAGGGCGUCCUCGCUCUGGCGCUGUGCCUCAGCACACGCUCAUGUGCUCGUCCAGGCUGCUGCUAAGCAGUGUCACGAGGCUGGGCCAGGUUGGAGAUUAAUUCCUGGGGUCACUUUAGGGCUGAGAAGGAAGAAAAGACAGAACCAGGGACACCCACAGAGAACAGCAGCUGCCAUCCUUGGUAGCUCCCACCUCCUUGGAGGCAACGGCACAGACAGUCAGGAGCUCAGGCUGAGAAGGACAGCCUGGCGGCUGGGGCGUGGGGCCUGGGCACAACUACCCUCUGCCAAAACCUAACUUCAGCAGGGCAGGCCUCAGCCUCUUAGCUCCUCCUCCUCAUCACUGCCCUCAUCCCUCAAACACAGAGCCGCUUAACAGUCCUGGUCCACAGCAAGAGUCCACCCACUCCAGACUUUGGCCUCAGCUGUAGCGAGUGUGGGAGCCUGGGAAGUCUAGGGGCAAAGUCUCUGAGGCAGAGGAAACCCGCCAGCUUCCCCAGAGCCUAGGCUGCCCUCGUCCCAUCAUGUGGCUGCCUCUGCUCCUGGGCGCCGUGCUGUGGGCAGUGCUGUGGUUGCUCAGAGACAGGCAGAGCCUGCCGGCUAGCGACGCUUUCAUCUUCAUCACUGGCUGUGACUCCGGCUUCGGGCGCCUUCUGGCACUACAACUUGACCAGAAGGGCUUCCAAGUCCUGGCUGGCUGCCUGACCCCCUCUGGGGCAGAAGACCUGCAGCAGAUGGCCUCCUCCCGCCUCCACACAACUCUGCUGGACAUCACUGAUCCCGAGAAUGUCCAGCAAGUUGCCGAGUGGGUGAAGACACAUGUUGGGGGAACUGGGCUUUUUGGUCUGGUGAAUAACGCUGGUGUAGCUGGUAUCAUCGGGCCCACGCCGUGGCUCACACGGGAAGAUUUCCAGAGAGUGCUGGAUGUGAACACACUGGGCCCCAUCGGGGUCACCCUUGCCCUGCUGCCCCUGCUACAGCAGGCCAGGGGUCGGGUGGUCAACAUCACCAGUGUCUUGGGCCGCAUAGCAGCCAAUGGCGGGGGCUACUGUGUCUCCAAGUUUGGCCUGGAGGCCUUCUCUGACAGCCUGAGGCGGGACAUGGCUCCGUUCGGAGUACAAGUCUCCAUUGUGGAGCCUGGCUUCUUCCGAACCCCUGUGACCAACCUGGAGAGUCUGGAGAACACCCUGAAGGCCUGUUGGGCCCGGCUGCCUCCAGCUACACAGGCCCACUACGGGGAAGCCUUCCUCGCUACUUCUACAGAUCUCCGAGUGCAGCGCCGCAUCAUGAACCUGAUCUGCGACCCGGACCUAACGAAGGUGACCAGUUGCCUGGAGCAUGCCCUGACUGCCCGCCACCCCCGAACGCGCUACAGCCCAGGCUGGGAUGCCAAGUUGCUCUGGCUGCCUGCCUCCUACCUUCCAGUCAGGGUAGUGGAUGCUGUGCUCACCUGGGUCCUUCCCCAGCCUGCCCAGUCAAUCUACUGAUUCCAGCUUUAUAGCAAGAGGCUGAUUUUGAAAGGCAAGGCAUCUAUGGCUGUCUCUACCUGGUAUUGCCUGGUUUCCGACACAAAUUAGGCUCUCAAUAA